GGCGCGCGGCAACAGUCGGACUGCGGCGGUCGUCUGUCCCGGAUCUCCUCAGAAGUGUUCCUGUCUCCUGAUCUACCUCGCGCACCAUGUCUGGCCGCGGCAAAACCGGCGGCAAGGCCCGCGCCAAGGCUAAGUCGCGCUCGUCGCGCGGCGGCCUCCAGAUCCUGGAGCUGGCGGGCAACGCGGCCCGCGACAACAAGAAGACGAGGAUCAUCCCCCGCCACUUGCAGCUGGCCAUCCGCAACGACGAGGAGCUCAACAAGCUGCUGGGCGGCGUGACGAUCGCCCAGGGAGGCGUCCUGCCCAACAUCCAGGCCGUGCUGCUGCCCAAGAAGACCAGCGCCACCGUGGGGCCGAAGGCGCCCGCCGGCGGCAAGAAGGCGACCCAGGCCUCUCAGGAGUACUGAGGGGCGCCCGCGCCCGGCCGCCCAGCCCUUGCCAUGCCACCACAAAGGCCCUUUUAAGGGCCACCACCGCCCUCACGGAAAGAGCUGCGCCUCGGCGUGCUGCGGAGCGGGCGGGCCGCGGCGCCCGGCUUCCCCCUCUCUCCCUUACUCUCGCGCGCCCCCUCCGCCGGCCGGUCUCCCACCUCCGUGCCUUCCCCUCCCCCGCGUCCGCACGGUCUGCGGCGUCGGCCCCGGGCCCGCGGCUCUUCCGGCCUUCACCUCUGAUACCUUGCGUGGUGUUCCUCGGGCGCCCUCCUAGGGGCCACCUUGGCGCGGAGGGCUGCGGGACGGGGCUUGGGGGGGCUAGAAGCGCAGCACUUGGCCCGUCUCGGUGCUCGUGACUCAGCCGCCCCAGCCUUGGAAUUGCGGAUGGGCUGCGGUGAGGCUGCAGCACCUUCUGGAAGACCUGCUCUGACGUAGGGCUCAGGUGGGCAGCCAAGGCCGGGAGGCCGGCGGGCCUGAAGGUGAGUCCCUUGGCGGCAGCUGCAGCCUGGUGUCACUUCUCAAGCUUGGUGCUUAGCCCAGGAUUUCUAACGUGACUGUCUCCAGGCUUUGGGGAGAAUUCCAUCAGUUAUUUUGGUCUGGUUCCCCCUAUCGCUGCCACGUCUUAGGCCUUUCGCAUCAGAUCUUCAUUGAUAGGCCUCUGGCGUGACCAGGACAACACACGGUAAUCUGAAUGUUCCUCCAGAGAUGACUGCCUAGAAGUUUUGGGAAGGACAAAGGCCUCCGUUUGGUUUCAGGCUGUGGACUGCAGUUAUUUGUGCUGAAACAGACUGGCAGCCAGGCCUGUUGGGCCUCCCCACUCUGCCCCAUUACCCUUCAAUUCAGCAAUCCAAGCGCCUAGAUACCAGCACAAGUCAGUUAAUCCCUGUCAGAACUGAGCCUCUGUUGGCUUCUGAACUGGACUUUUGCAGCUAACCCAUCCAAGACAAGGACCUUCAGUAUUGGGGGGGUUUCAGAUGGACUACUUUUGUUUAUUAAAGGAUUGUUUUUUUAAAUGAA